AUGUGCAAAAGCUAUAUGGACGACAUUUUGGUGGCUACUUAUGGGCAUGCUAUUGAAGAAUUAGCUAUUAUUAACGACGCCCUCGGGCACUACGACUUCCUUAUAUCGUCCCAUAAGAUCUUCGAUAUGGACAUCCAGCCAACAAGUGAUAUCUUGGGAGUUACUAUUGUCAACAAGCACGGUAAAAAAUAUAUCACUAUAAGUAAGCCUAAGAAUAAUAAAUGUAAGUCAGCAUUGAGAACUAUCCUCAACGAGCCCAGCAUUACUUAUCAGAAUCUGCAUUCAUUGGUUGGUUGUAUCCCUAAGUAUCCAGUGUACAAUCCUUGGCUGGUGUCCCUCUGCCAUGUU